CGUUCCGUCCCUCCCCGGGGCGGUGCCGCGCAGGAGCGGCGGCGGCUCCGGGGCGAUGGAGGGCGGCGGAGGCGGCGGAGCGUACGGGGCGGCCAAGGCCGGCGGUGCCUUCGAUCUGGCACGUUUCGUGCAGCAGCCGCAGGUCCUGGCACGGAUCGCCAGCGCGGUUUUCGCCCUGAUCGUUUUCUCCUGCCUGGUCGGGGAGGGUUACACCAACUCGCCCAGCUCCCCCCAGCUCUUCUGCAUCUUCAACCGCAACGAGGACGCCUGCCGCUACGGCAUCGGCAUCGGCAUCCUGGCCUUCCUCGCCUGCAUCUUCUUCUUCAUGGUGGAUAUCUACUUCCCCCAGAUCAGCAACGCCACCGACCGCAAGUACCUGGUCUUGGCGGACCUCGGCUUCUCAGGUCUCUGGACCUUCCUGUGGUUCAUCGGCUUUUGUUUCUUGACCAACCAGUGGGCCUGGACGCCAGCUGGGGAAGUGCACAUUGGGGCUGACUCGGCCCGUGCCGCCAUCACCUUCAGCUUCUUCUCCGUCUUCUCCUGGGGCCUCCUGAUCACCUUUGCCUACAAGAGGUACAAGAUGGGGGUGGAGGACUUUGCUCGCAGCUACGUGGACCCCAGCCCGGAGGUUCCGACUCCCUACUCCAGCUACCCCAACAUCAGCCACGACAGCUACCAGCAGCCGCCCUUCACCCACACGGCAGAAGGCCCGGAGGGCUAUCAGCCGCCGCCAGUGUACUGAGCCCCUGCCCGGCGGCGCGGCGGGGCCGGCUGUACCAGUGCAAUUCUCUUCGGUGGGGCGGGAGGGGAGGGACCUGCGACUCGGAGGGGGAAGGUGGGGCGGGAGGGUGGCAGCUGCUCCGUGUGAAGCCACCGGGCCUCAGUGCUGGGGCACAGGAGGGGCCUGGUCCCAGCGGUGGAGCCCCGCUCGCUGCCGCUGGGACCGGGAGCCUGGUGUGUGGUGGGUGAUUCAGCACAUAAUGGGUGAUUUGGCACAUAGUGGGUGAUUCGCAACUGCUGAGCGUGGUCCCCAGCCCCUGCCCUCGCUGUUGUGCCUUGGGGAAGUGGCAGGGUGGGUGGGUGGGUGGUUUUCCCCCCCGGCUCUGUCCUGGCUGUGCCCCUGUGACUGCUGCCCUGGCCCCGGUGCCUUUCCAGCCCCUCAAGUGCUGGCUCCUGCUGCCGUGGCAUGGCCGGGUGGCGUGGCCCAGCUCCGCCGGCUCCCCGUGCCUUCCCCUCGGCUGCUGCUGGGUGAGCUUGAUGCCAAAGCCCCAACUUCUUUAGACUGCACCCCCGUGCUGUGCCUUCUCACAGCCUGCACUCGAGCUGCCAGCGCUCGGAGGACGCGGUUUGGGAUCCGUGGGAGCAGCGAGUGCCAGGAUCACUCGGCAGGGCUGUGGCUGCUCCAGGCGUCCGAGGAAGAUCCCGGAACGCUUUUCCUGCUGAUUUGGUACUGGGCCCCCUCGCUUGCCUCCCACCAAGCACUGCCGCCGCAGAAUCGCGGCUGCCAUCCCGCGCCGCAUUCCUGGCUCUCCCGGGCUGCCCGUGCCAGCGCCGUCUCAGGUUGUGUUUUCUGCUGCACCUGCUGUGAAGCUGUUCCCAGCAGCAGUGUGCGAGCUGUCGCUGCUGGGGCUGGCCUUGAAAUAGUUCUUUCUUUGUCACUGUAGAGAAGGAAUAAACUUUUUCACCGAGC